AUGCAUCUCACUGGGCUGUUAAGUGACUUACUACUUUCACUCUGGCGCGGAACGAUGGACUGCGCAGCUUCUGACGACGUUGAUUUGUGGGAGUGGAGAGUUAUGCAUGGAGAUGUAUGGGAGGCUCAUGGCGAGGCUGUUGCAGAUGCUGGACGAUAUCUGCCAGGGUCGUUUGACCGGAAACCACGCAACAUCGCAGAGAAAAUCAACACAGGUUACAAGACCUGGGAGUUUCAACUGUAUCUGUUUGGCCUUGCUCCCGCACUUACAUAUGGUCUUCUGCCGGAACCAUACUGGAUUAAUUUUUGCAGGCUUGUUGCAGGCUUUCAGGUCAUAUGCCAACAUCGUAUCGCUUGCUCCGAUUUGCAACGAGCCCAGGUCAUACUCGGUGAAUGGGAGCUCGAGUUCGAGGAGCUAUACUAUCAGCGCCGUCAAGAUCGGAUACAUUUCAUUCGUCCUUGUGUCCAUCAAGUCAACCAUCUGGUGACCGAGGCCAUUCAGAAGGGACCACCGGUCUGCUAUGCCCAGUGGACACUGGAGCGGACAAUCGGAAACCUGGGCCAGGAGAUCAGACAACCUUCCGAACCUUACGCAAACCUUUCUAGAGAGGGAGUCCGUCGCUCGCAAGUCAAUGCCCUCAAGGCGAUGCUUCCAGAGCUUGACGACCCCCCCAAAGGACUCCCAACUGGCGCAGUCGACCUUGGGGAUGGCUAUGCUUUACUCUGCAAGCGAGACCACCGGUCAGCUUACCCACAAGGUGCCGAAAGGCACGCUAUCACACUCUUCCUCAAUGAACCUGCUCCCGCGAUUUUCAAAUGGGCUCGUCUUAAGCUGCCAAAUGGACAGAUUGCACGUUCACACUGGCGAGAGUCACUGAAAUCCACGCAUGCCACUAAGGCUCUACGGGUGUCUCGCAAUAUCAAGUUUUCUCUUGAUGGUGCGAUACGAUUUGGAGAAGUCCGCUAUUUCACGCAGCUUGCUACAGAGACUGUUGGCGACGACAAUGGCGAAACAGAAUGGUCAUUUGUCAAUGUUGCGGUCGUCUCACUGUUUUCCCUCCCAGAUAACGAACUUCUCGAGCUCUCGUCUCAUGUUGUUGCAUCCUGCGCUUAUCAUGGAGAUGGUGAGAUAUGUGUCAUUGAUGUCAAGAGUAUUACCGAUGUGGUUGCAAUGGUUCCCCACCAUCUGAGAUUACCUUCUGGAGUUGUCGAGGAUCGUUUCUUUAUGGUGGAAAAGCCUGGUCUUGAUGUGGCAUCGUUUGGUAUUUUGCCAGUGAAUGAUCCAGUAGAAGGUGAAGACAGUGAUAAUGACUCGGACAAUGGGCAAUAG